UUUUCACUGUUUUCAGCUCUGUCUGACCAGUUGAUGUAUGGUGUUAAGACUUAAGAUCUAAGUACAGUUAAAAUUAAUUGUAAAUGCCCGAGUAAAAACAAGUCAACGAUUUACAGUUGGCAUUUUCCAAUAUUUUGGGAUAUUUUCAAACUGUUCAACGAGAAAUGAAUGAUUCUCAGUUUGCACAAGAGCGUCCACCACAACAUUAUGGCGCUCCUCCUACAUCACAACAAAACGGUCAACACAAUUUAUCAUCAAACAAUGUACCAUCUUAUAACCAGGCUGAAGGACAGUUGAAUGAUCAAUUUUCGCAACUGGGAUUUAAUAAUGGACCUUCACAACCACCAUUUCAAAACAAUACUUUGCCAAGUAAUAUUAACAACUUUUCAAGUGGACCACAAGUAAAUACUCCACAAUCAUAUUCACCUGCCAAUUUUAAUGUUGAGCUGACUGGGCCUCCUAAGCAAUUUUCUUCAUCAGUACCUUUUGGAGGAAUUUCUAAUCAAAAUGUACAUUCCUCGGAUAAUUUUCAAGACAAUUCUAACAACAUGAUACCAAAAUCUCCUUUUCCUGGAAAUAGUAUUCAGUCAAAUAUUCAUGAUGGAAUUAUUAAUCAAGAGUUGAGAGAUUUUAAUAAUGGCACACCAAAUAAUUCAAGUGAGGCAAUGUUUGGAAAAUCUAAUGAAUUUAGUUCAAAUAACUCAGGUUUGAUUACUAAUCAAGUUGGUUCUGGAUUAAGUUCUUUAUCUCAACCAACUCAGUCAGCUUUUUCUGUUGUUCCGCCUCAAUCUCGUUCUCAAAGACCAUUUUCAGGCAAUGUUCAACAACCACAUUUGUCUGAAAAUUUUCCACCCCAAUCAGAUUUAUCUACUCAAAAAUUAGAGUUUCAAUCUCAGCCAUCAAAUUAUCUACUACAACAAUCAAAAGUGUCAAAUCAACAGCCAGAUUUUCAGCCACAGUCUAAUUCAAUAAUUCAACCAGAUUUUUCAAAACAAUCUAAUUCCACACCGCAACAGCCGGGUUUUCCACCACAAGCCAAUUCAAAACCUCAGCAACCAGGCUUUCCACCUCAAUCUAAUUCAACACUGCAGCAGUCAGGUUUUCCACCACAAGCCAAUUCGACACAGCAGCAGCCAGGCUUUCCACCACAACCCAAUUCAUCAUCGCAGCAACCAGGAUUUCCACCACAACCCAAUUCAUCAUCGCAGCAACCAGGAUUUCCACCUCAACCCAAUUCAAAACUUCAGCAAACAGGUUUUCCACCACAUACAAAUUUAAAACCACAACAGCCGGGCUUUCCCCCACAACCUAAUUCAUCAUCUCAGCAACCAGGAUUUCCACCUCAAUCCAACUCAACUCAGCAGCAGUCAGGUUUCCCACCACAACCUAAUUUGACCCCACAGCAACCAGGUUUUCCACCACAAGCCAAUUCAACUCAGCAGCAGGCAGGUUUCCCACCACAAUCUAAUUCAACACCACAGCAACCAGGAUUUCCUCCACAACCUAAUUCGACACCACAGCAACCAGGAUUUCCACCACAACCCAAUUCAUCAUCACAGCAGCCAGGAUUUCCACCUCAAUCCAAUUCAACUCAGCAGCAGGCAGGUUUCCCACCACAAUCUAAUUCGACACCACAGCAACCAGGGGUUCCACCACAACCUAAUUCGACACCACAGCAACCAGGAUUUCCACCACAACCUAAUUUGACACCACAGCAGCCAGGCUUUCCACCACAACCUAAUUCAUCAUCUCAGCAGCCAGGGUUUCCACCACAACCCAAUUCAUCAUCUCAGCAACCAGGAUUUCCACCUAAACCAAAUUCAAACUUGCAGCAGCCAGGGUUUCCACCACAAUUGAAUUCAAUACCCCAGCAACCAGGAUUUCCACCACAACCAAAUUCAACACCUCAACAACCAGGUUUUCCACCACGACCAAGUUCAACACUGCAACAGCCAGGAUUUCCUCCACAAUCAAGUUCAUCUCUGCAGCAGCCAGGCUUUCCAUUACAACCUAAUUCAACACUGCAGCAACCAGGGUUUCCGCCGCAACCAAAUUCGAUAUCACAGCAGCCAGGCUUUCCACUACAACCUAAUUCAAUACUGCAGCAGCCAGGAUUUCCUCCUCCACCUAAUUCAAUACUGAAGCAGCCAGGUUUACCACCACAACCUAAUUCAACAUUUCAGCAGCCAGGAUUUCCUCCACAACCUAAUUCAACACUGCAGCAGCCAGGAUUUCCCCCACAACCUAAUUCAACACUGCAGCAGCCAGGUUUUCCACCACAACCCAAUUUAAUAUCUCAGCAAUCAGGAUUUCCACCUCAACAACAGCAAGGUUUUCCUCCUCAGCCAGGAAGUUUACCAUCUCAACAAAUGGGUUUUUCUCCGCAGACAGGUAAUUUACCAUCAAGACAAGCUGGUUACCCAUCUCAACAGCCGGGCUUAAUAUCUCAACAACCUCAACAACCUCAACAACCUGGAUAUUCACAGCAACAUAAUGGUUUUCAUCCUCAACAACCUGGUUAUCCACCUCAACAACCUGGGUAUCCUUCUCAACAACCUGGUUUUAAUCAAGGUACACCAGCUUAUAUGGGUCAGCCAGCUCCAAGUAGGAGAUUAGAUCCUGACCAAAUGCCAAGUCCAGUACAAGUUAUACAAGAUGACCAACAAAGUAAAAGUGGAUUAUUUUUAACUAAUCAAAGAGGUUUAGUACCCCCUUUAGUUACUACAGAUUUCACUGUGCAAGAUUCUGGUAAUGCAUCACCUAGAUUAAUAAGAUCAACUAUGUAUUGUGUACCUACUACAACGGACAUUAUGAAACAGACAUCUGUACCAUUUGGAUUAGUUAUCAGUCCAUUAGCAAAAAUAAAACCAGAUGAGUAUCCUCUACCUAUUAUAAAUACUGGUGAAAUUGGACCAGUUAGAUGUAAGAGAUGUAAAGCUUACAUGAGUCCAUUUAUGCAGUUUAUUGAUGGCGGAAAACACUUUACAUGCCUUUUAUGUAAAGCUACAACAGAAGUACCAGUUGAAUAUUUCCAACAUUUGGAUCAUACUGGUCAGCGGCUCGACCGCUCUGAAAGGCCUGAAUUAUGUUUUGGAUCAUAUGAAUUUAUUGUUCCAAAAGAAUAUUGUAGGAAAGAAAUGCAACCAAAACCUCCUGCGUAUAUAUUUGUAAUAGAUGUUUCUUAUAAUAAUAUCAAAUCUGGACUUGUUCGACUCAUAUGUGCUUUCAUGAAAGAGUUAUUAACUCAAUUACCAACUGAGUUGGGAAAUGAAAAAAGUAAAAUACGUGUUGGUUUUAUUACUUAUGAUACAACUGUUCAUUUUUAUAAUUUAAAGGAAACAUUAGCUGUUCCUCAAAUGAUGAUUGUUGGUGACACUUCAGAAGUGUUUAUGCCAUUAUUAGAUGGCUUCUUAUGUGAUCCAGAACAAUCCUCUCAAGUUAUUGAUGUACUCAUGGAACAAAUUCCCACUCAGUUCAGUGAAACAAGAAUUACUGAAACUAUUCUUCUACCAGCAAUAAAAGCAGGAAUGGAAGCAUUGAAGAAUGCUGAUUGUUGUGGUAAAUUAUUUGUGUUCCAUUCAUCCUUGCCAAUAGCAGAAGCUCCUGGUAAACUUAAGAAUCGUGAAGAUCGAAAAUUACUUGCCACCGAUAAAGAAAAAACUAUUUUGAACCCGCAAACAAAUGUGUAUAAAGAAUUAGGAGAGGAGUGCGUUCAAGUUGGAUGUAGUGUUGAUCUAUUCAUCACUAAUAACUCUUAUAUAGAUUUACCUACAAUUGGUCAAAUUUCUAAAAUAAGUGGUGGUGAAAUUUUCAAGUACACAUAUUUUCAAGCUGAUGUCGAUGGUCAACGAUUCUUAUCUGAUUUAAAACAUGACAUUAGUCGACCAACUGUUUUUGAUGCUGUAAUGCGAGUACGAACAUCUACUGGUACUCGUCCCACUGAUUUCUAUGGGCAUUUUUUUAUGUCAAAUUCUACCGAUGUGGAGUUAGCUGCUAUUGAUUGUGAUAAAGCUAUUGCAAUUGAAGUAAAACAUGAUGAUAAGCUUGAUGAACAAGAUGGAGUAUUAGUACAAACAGCUAUGUUAUACACGUCUUGUAGUGGACAGAGACGUGUGCGUAUAUUAAAUCUAUCAUUACGCUCCAGUGGACAAAUGGGUGAAUUAUAUCGUAGUUGUGACUUAGAUACAAUAAUGAAUUUCUUUGGAAAACAAGUUAUGUAUAAAAUAUUGGAAAGUUCUGGACGACAAGUAAAGGAAGCAAUUACAAAUAAGACUGCUCAAAUAUUAGCUACAUAUAGAAAGCAUUGUGCUUCGCCAUCUUCAGCUGGUCAACUUAUAUUGCCUGAAUGCAUGAAACUUAUGCCUCUAUAUGUUAAUUGUUUAAUCAAAUGUGAUGCAAUGUCUGGUGGUCCUGAUCUGACAGUUGAUGAUCGUUGGUUUAACAUGCAUCUGGUUAUCACUGCGGAUAUACCUACAACAUUGGGUUAUUUCUAUCCACGUCUGAUUCCCAUUCAUACACUUGAUGAUGAAAAACUCUCGGAUGAUGUUUCAAUACCAGAUCAAUUGAGAUGUUCUAUUGAAAAGUUUGCUGAAAAUGGAGCUUAUAUUUUGGAAAAUGGAGUAUAUAUGUUUUUGUGGCUUGGUAUGGGUCUAAGUCAAGCAUUUUUAUCUGAUGUGUUUGGUGUUCAGAACAUAGCAUAUGUUAAUACUGAACAUUCCGCUAUUCCUGUGUUGGAUAAUCCACUCAACAAAGCUAUUCGUCAGGUGCUGUCUAAAAUUCAAAAAGAACGAAGCCACACAAUGAGACUUUCAAUUAUACGGCAAAAAGAUAAAAUUGAAACCGUUAUGAGACAUUUCUUAGUCGAAGAUCAUGGCAUUGACAAUAGUCCAUCCUAUGUAGAAUUUUUGUGUCACAUGCAUAAGGAAAUUCGCAAUUUGCUCAGUUAGCACACACAAAAAUGGUAAUUGGUAGGGGUCAAUGUGGGAUUAACACCAAUACAAUUACUUGAAUUACUAUAUGAUUACUUAUCGUUUUGUUUAUUACUGCACGAUUGUUAUGUUACAUUUAUAAUUUUUAAUGAUGUAUACACAGUCAUAGAAAUAUCUGUUGUUAUUAUAUUUAUUAUAUUAUUUUUUGAUUUUAUUAUGAUUAUAUUUGAAAU